GAUCUCGCGAGAACUCCUCACAGACAUCAGGUUACCUUUGACACAGUUUUGUUUCUGCAGUACUACUGAGGAGCAAGCAACCAGAAGGGUCCAAGAUGAACAGAGCUUUCAACAAAACAAGUCUGAAACAGUUGACUGGCAUCCUCCAGAGGUUUCAAAGCACCUUGGUGGUUGCAGAGCACAACAAUGACCAGCUGACCCCCAUUACACUCAAUGCCAUCACUGCGGCCAGUAAGCUGGGCGGAGAGAUUACUUGUCUGGUUGCUGGAACAAACUGUGCACAGGUUGCAGAGCAAAUCAGCAAAGUACAAGGUGUGAAGAAGAUUCUUGUUGCCCAACAUGAAUCUUACAAAGGUGCCCUGCCAGAGGAGUUGACUCCACUUAUCCUGGAAACACAAAAGCAAUUCAAUUUCACCCACAUCUGUGCUGGUGCAUCUGCCUUUGGAAAGAACCUGCUUCCCAGAGUGGCUGCCAAGUUGGAUGUUGCUCCAGUUUCAGAUAUCGUUGAGAUCAAGUCUCCAGACACUUUUGUCCGAACGAUUUAUGCUGGUAAUGCUCUCAGCACGGUGAAAUGUAAUGAGUCGGUCAAGAUCUUCACGGUCAGAGGGACAUCCUUCGAGCCAGCUUCAACCGAGGGAGGAAGUGCAACAUCAGAAGAGGUCGCUGGUCCUUCUCCCGCUGGAGUUUCUGAGUGGCUGGAACAGAAUCUGACAAAGAGCGACCGUCCAGAUCUGACCAGCGCUAAAGUUGUGGUGUCAGGAGGAAGGGGCUUGAAGAGUGGAGAUAACUUCAAGCUGCUUUAUGACCUUGCUGACAAGCUGAAUGCUGCAGUUGGUGCAUCCAGAGCAGCAGUGGAUGCUGGGUAUGUCCCCAAUGACAUGCAGGUUGGACAGACAGGCAAGAUUGUAGCACCGGAGUUGUACAUUGCUGUUGGUAUCUCUGGAGCUAUUCAACACCUGGCUGGAAUGAAAGAUAGCAAGAUUAUUGUUGCUAUCAACAAGGACCCAGAGGCUCCCAUUUUCCAGGUAGCUGACUUCGGCUUAGUCGCCGAUCUCUUCAAGGCUGUCCCUGAGAUGACUAAAGUGCUGGACAAGUGAGGAGAAACAACACCCACCAAACUUCCAUUGCACCCAUAGCCACUGCCUUAACACGUUUCUGAAGCUGCGAGUGUUCGUGUGCAGAAAUGAGUUUCACCAUCUUCUCUCUGACUGGAAACAAAAGAACAUUCUUAAUCCAGAAAUAAAUGCCAGUUUGUAUAAAUAUCAACGAAUAAUCUUGAAUGCUUUUAGUAUUACACAUGUUGUAAUCUUUAUUUAAUUUUCUGGUAAAGCAAAGGACAUUUUUGGGGAAUGCUUUGACUGUAAGAUGUAGCUCUUCGUGCUAACCUAGAGGAUGUGUACUCACUGAGAGACUCUUGGAAAAUAAUGUUAAAAAUUAAAAAUUAAAUUGACAUUA